GAUCAAUCGUUGUCGAAUUUCCAAGCGAGAAACAUGGAAUCGAGUGAAAUAUUUAACUGUGAUAUGAGAGUGAAACAAGAGCCAAUCGACGUGUUGCUCGGUGAAAAUGAUUACAUCGUAAUCAACCAGACAGCCGAUGUCAACAAUUUUCAAUUCCUCAGGCAUCCACGAGAAAAUCGAAUUCGCGUGCUUCGAAAAUCUGACGAUAAUCACGAAAGUGAACUUGACGACUUGGCAAUCGAGUUGGAAUGUAAAGACAUGAAGCCGAGCUUGGAUUUAUUAGCGGUUAUGAAAAUUGAAAAUUGUUCUGAAGAUCACUUGUCGGUUGGUGAAAAUAGUAAUGAAUAUCAACUUCAAAAAAUAAUUAAAAAAGAAAACGUCACGAAUGUGAAAAAAGAAUUUUUCGACGACGUUCCGAAAGAAUUUGAUAUGAAUUCCAACCGCGGAGUCAGUGAGCCAAAUAAAAGAAAAGCAGUUGUAAAAAAGUUGAACUAUAAUCAUAAACUGAAAAGACGCUCUGGUACGGGACGUGGUAAUAUUACCCUUUCUUGUGAAACAUGUGGAAAGGCAUUCAGAUAUAAGAGCACUCUUAAAAAUCACAUCGACGCGGUGCAUCAUAAAAUCACUCAUGACUGUGCAGUAUGUGGAAAGUCAUUCCAACUUAAAGAUUCUCUCAAAAAACAUAUUGAAGCGAUACAUAAUGGUAAAACUCCGACAUGCGAUAUCUGCGGAAAGACGUUCUCGCAAAAGGGCCAUCUCCAAAUCCACAUCAACUCGGUACAUAAUGGUACAAUCACCCAUUCUUGUGAUACAUGUGGAAAGUCAUUUAGACGUAAGAGCAAUCUUAAAAUGCACAUCGAAUCGGUGCACCAUAAAAUCACUUAUGCCUGUGAUAUAUGUGAAAAGUCAUUCUCAUUUAAAGAUUCUCUCAAAAAACAUAUUGAAGCGUUACAUAAUGGUAAAACUCCCACAUGCGAUAUCUGCAAAAAGACGUUCUUUCAAAUGAGUAAUCUUCGCAUCCACAUCAACUCAGUACAUAAUAAGAUCACUCGUGCCUGUGCUAUAUGUGGAAAGGCAUUCAGAUAUAAGAGCACUCUUAAAAUACACAUCGAAUCGGUGCACCAUAAAAUUACUCAUGCCUGUGAUACAUGUGGAAAGUCAUUCUCAUGUAAAAUUUAUCUGAAAAAACACAUUGAAGCAAUACAUAAUGGUAAAGCUCCCACAUGUCAUAUCUGCAAAAAGACGUUCUCUCAAAUGAGUAAUCUUCGCACCCACAUCGAUUCGGUUCAUAAUAAAACAAAAAGUUACGAAUGUGACGUGUGUGGCAAGAAGUUCUCGCAAAAGGAUCGUUUGAAACAUCAUACCGAUUCGAUGCAUAAAAGCAUCAUCAAAAAGUCAUUUUCUCAAAAAAGUAAUUUGAAAACUCAUAUCGAUUCGGCUCAUAACAGUAUCAAACAUAAAUGUGAUACUUGUGAAAAGUCAUUCUCAUUCAAAAGUUAUCUAAAAAAUCAUAUUGAAACGAUACAUAAUGGUAAAACUUCCACAUGUGAUAUCUGUGGAAAGACGUUCUCUCAAAAGGGUAACCUCCAAAACCACAUUGAUUCGAUACAUAAUGGUAAAACCUAUGCAUGCGAUAUCUGCGCAAAGACAUUUACUCAAAAGAGUAGUCUCCGAACCCACAUCAACUCGGUUCAUUAUGGUGAAAAAAGUUACGAAUGUGACGUAUGUGGCAAGAAGUUUUCGCGAAAGGAUAAUCUGAAAGUUCAUAUCCAUUCAAGGCAUAAUGGUAUCAUAUACCCGUGCGAUUUUUGCAGAAAGACGUUUUCCUAUAAAAUAAAUUUAAAAACUCACAUCAAUUCGGUACAUAAUAGUGAAAAAAGUUACGAAUGUGACGUGUGUGGAAAGAAGUUCUCGCGAAAGGAUGUUCUGAAAAGUCAUAUCGAUUCGGUGCAUCUUAAAGUCACCCAUAGUUGUGACAAAUGUGGAAAGGCAUUCGCACAUAAGAGAAAUCUCAAAGUUCACAUCGAAUCGGUGCACCAUAAAAUCACUCAUGCCUGUGAUACAUGUGGAAAGUCAUUCUCAUGUAAAAUUUAUCUGAAAAAACACAUUGAAGCAAUACAUAAUGGUAAAGCUCCCACAUGUCAUAUCUGCAAAAAGACGUUCUCGCAAAAGGGUAAUCUCCAAAUCCACAUCAACUCGGUUCAUAAUAGUCAAAAAAGUAACGAAUGUGACGUAUGUGGCAAGAAGUUUUCGCGAAAGGAUAAUCUGAAAGUUCAUAUCCAUUCAAGGCAUAAUGGUAUCACAUACCCGUGCGAUUUUUGCAGAAAGACGUUUUCCUAUAAAAUGAAUUUAAAAACUCACAUCAAUUCGGUACAUAAUAGUGAAAAAAGUUACGAAUGUGACGUGUGUGGCAAGAAGUUCUCGCGAAAGGAUGUUCUGAAAAGUCAUAUCGAUUCGGUGCAUAAUAACAUCACUUAUCCAUGCGAUGUAUGCGGAAAGGCAUUCAUACGCAAACCCUCUCUGAGAGCUCACAUUGAUGAGGUGCAUAAUGGUAAAAAACCUUACAAAUGUGACACGUGUGGCAGGAAAUUCUCACGGAAGUAUGUCCUCAAAACUCAUACGGAAAUAAUGCAUAAUGGCAUCACCUACUCACGUGAUUAUGUGGAAAGAAAUUAACACAAAAUUGACA